AAUGCUUAUUCGUUACGCAAAAUCUCCCAAAAAUGACCGUCAGUACGCAAAUACGCAUUUAACCCGUCGCGUUACGCAUUUCGUAUCCUUUUUUUUUCUUCCCUCUCUUGACUAGCUUACGAGCGGUCACGGAUGUCACGCUAAGCCGUCCUGUUGGGUCACGGAGGUCAUGGUUGGGGGGGGGGAGGAACAGAAAAGGUGGGGGAACACAUUGUGUCUAGAUCUAUACGUUGAUUGGUUCUUAAAAGCAAUUAGAUUUAGUCUAGAAAUGAAGAACGCGAGAGUGAGGGAGUGGCGGGUUGGUACUGUCAGUUAGCUGAUACACCAACGUGACUUUUUUUUUUUUUUUGUAAGUUCAUUAGUAGAAAUUAAUUAUGUUGAAUCCCUGAUUCUCGUAUUCAUUUGUAUAGAAAAAUGUAAUCUGUUACCCUUAUUAGACAUUUGAAACAAUAAUAUUAAGUUAUAAUUUUGUUUGUUAAAUGUCGUGUGUUAAAUGAUUAAAUAGUACAUGUUAUCAACUUAAAACAUGACAAGUCUGUGAAGCCACAUGUUCUUUACCUGUAUGUUGAUAUAUGUGCAUGCUGCUAGUAAAGUUAAUGGUAAAAAAAAACAACACUUGGGCAUCUGUUUGUGAAAAACAUUCAUAAGAAAGAAAAAACAUUUUAGAAAUAAAAAGCACCCUAGAGUCAGGAUUUUGUCAUUUUACCAUCACGAGACACUCAUUACAAAGACAAACAGACACAAAAACUCCUUGCAUUCAAAUCAUUAAAUACAUUUCAACUAUCUGAUAAAAAUAUUUCACAAAAUGUAUAUUUUGUUUUCUAUAGUUAUAAUUUUUUGUGUGUAAUGCUCAAUUUGUAAGACAAAAUUCCUUAUGGAUAAUAAAGAUUAUUAUUAUCACUGUGCACAACUGCAGGAAAUGUCCAGUGCUUUUGGAAGAGAGGUUUUAAGUCUCUCAAACACACUAAUGAAAUUUGACGACAUCAAUGAAUGUAAAGAUAAUUUGACAUGUCCACAAGGAUGUGAAAACACUGUUGGAUCCUACAUUUGUAGCUGUAACAUUGGUUUCAGAUUGAAUACACUCAACACAAGCAUUUGUGAUGAUAUCAAUGAAUGUGAAGAGAACAUAGAUGACUGCUCACAAACUUGUGUCAAUGCAAUUGGAAGUUACUCUUGUAAUUGUUUCAAUGGAUAUACUCUCCAAAGUGGAGUUUGUGAAAAAAAUUCAAGUAAUGUAGAGCUGUGCCAAGCCCUGAAUUGUUCCCAGCUAUGUUUUGUUAACAAUGGUACAGCAAGGUGUGAUUGUCAAGAGGGGUUUGCACUUCAGGGAGAUAACAAAACAUGCACAAAUAUAGAUGAAUGCAGUCUUGCCAAGAAGCCCUGUAGUCAAAUUUGUACAGACACUUAUGGCAGAUUUACUUGUUCAUGUUAUGCUGGUUUUAAACUAGAAGCAGAUAGAACUUCUUGUACAGCUUGUGAGAAGUCCUUCUAUGGUGUCAACUGCAAUCAAUCCUAUCAGUGUAGUGGGCACGGGACAUGUGAUCCUGUCAGAGGCUGUGUAUGUGACAUAGGCUGGGAGGGAGUCAACUGCAACAAUGAUAUUGAUGAGUGUACACUAAGGACAGACAACUGUUUGAUUGGUGAUGUUUGUGUUAAUGCUUUGGGAAGCUAUUUCUGUGUUUGCCCUAUUGGAUAUGUUAGAAAUGGAACUUGUCAAGAUAUAAAUGAAUGUGUUGAUCCUGCCCUAAACAACUGCAACCCACUUAUUGAAGAUUGUGUCAAUAACUUUGGUAGUCAUGUCUGCAACUGUAAGCCUGGAUAUGCAAGAAAUGAUAAAGGGGACUGCAUUAAUAUCAAUGAAUGUGCUAAUGGGGACCAUCAAUGUCAACAAAUCUGUGUUGAUGUGCCUGGAAAAUACAACUGUGAUUGUAACUACGGGUAUAGAUUAAAUGAUGAUAGGCUAACAUGUCUACUAGUGAAAGAUGUAUGCAGUGAUUUUGAGAAACUGAACUGCUCUCAAGGAUGCACAGUAGACUUUCAACAGAACACUUCAUAUUGUUUUUGUGCUGAUGGUUACAAUCUAGUUGGCAAAGACACAUGUGAAGACAUCAAUGAAUGUGAAGUAUCAACAAAGAACUUGUACAGCUUCAAGUCUGGAUGUGUUAACAGAGUACCAGGAUACAGCUGUUCAUGUACCCCUGGGUCAAGUUUGGACAAUGAUGGACGCAACUGCAAUAACUGUAGUAGCACAACUUGGGGAGUCAAUUGUUCAAGAUCUUGUUCUUGUUCUACUGGAGCAUUAAGAUGUGAUAAUGUUAGAAGAUGUAUUUGUAGACCUGGAUAUACAGGAGUUUUCUGUGAUGUGGAUGUGAACCAGUGUACAAAUGGGGAAUUACAGUGUAAUGACAGACAGGAUUGUGUGAGUCAUAUAGGUCCUGAUUCAUGUGUUUGCAAAUCUGGUUACAGACUUAAUGGCACAUUGUGUGAAGAUGUCAACGAAUGUUUGGAUCCAAGGUUAAAGACUUGUCAGCAGACAUGUCAGAACUCUGUUGGUAGCUACAGCUGUGGCUGUUAUAAAGGAUUUGCUUAUAAUGCAUCAACUAACACAUGUGAUGAUAUCAAUGAAUGUGCUCGACAAAUAGACAGAUGUACAAGUGUAUGUAUCAACACAUUGGGCAACUACAGGUGUUCAUGCACACCUGGCUAUGUCCUCAACAGAGAUGGAUAUACAUGUGAUGAUGUAGACUUGUGCAGCUCUAGUUCCUGUAGUGAUCUGUGCAGUGAAACACCUGACAAUACAAGUGUUAUAUGUUCCUGCCCUCCUGGUAAAUCUUUGGCUGCCAAUGGAAUUAUUUGCCAGUCUUGCAGUGACAACUUCUAUGGUAAAGACUGUAGCCAACAGUGUAACUGUAACAGCUUUCAUUCAAAACAAACAAACAAACUUGUGACAAAACAAAUGGAACUUGUCUCUGUAACAAGGGAUGGACUGGUCCAACAUGUGAUGAUGAUGUAGAUGAGUGUACAAAUACCAGUAGCUGCAAUAGUCUGAAGAAUGAAAAGUGUGUUAACACACCAGGAAGUUAUUCAUGUUCAUGCCAAACUGGGUAUUACAGACCAAUUGCAACACAAGACUGCACAGGUUCUCUGCAACUGCACUUGACAACUCAGGUCUCCAAAAACUUAAAUGUCCAACAAAUCACAGCUAAUACUGUACAAUUGGCAACACAUAACACUGACUGUACAAUGUUCUGUCAUGGACAUCUGAACUGCUGUAUCAAAUCUGUACUGUUGUAGCAAGACCUCUGCUGGCUUCGCUGUACUUUGUUGAACUCUGUCGUAAUGUACUGAAUGGUAGAUCGAGAAUUUGUGACUGAGUCAACUCUGGUACCUUUGUUCUUCAUAUAGGGUCUCUAAUGGCAUUCUAGAACCGGAUUCCGUUAAUCACAUGACUCUUGAGUGAGUCACAUCUCUUGUGACUGGCCUGAGUUCGAUUCAGAACACUGAUCCUGCCCAAACCGCAAUGUUUGACACUCUUCUCAGGUGACCGUCACAACUCAUCCUGGUUGACCGCUCAUCUAGCGCUGGCCUGGGGCAUUUUGCAUUGGCUGAAAACACACACACCACUACCCCCAUCUUUGUCACCACCAGGAUUAUAACUCUAUUUUUUAAAAAAAAUUUUUUUCAGGGUUCAAGUGCACUUGGAGCUCUGGAUGGAGUUAUAUUAUUCAAUGCAACUAUUCCCACCUCUCCAGUAUCUGGCUUAGCAGCUAUUGGCACAGACAGCUAUGGCUUGGCUCAUUUUCAUAAUCUUGUAUUAGAUUCAGUGACAAGUGGCUUGAAAAUUAUGCAAUGCUUGUAAAAUAGUAACAUAAUUAGUAUAGCUUAAUUUAUUUCUAUCAAAGUCUCACUUUUAAAUCUUUGUACAGUCACUGCCAAGCUCUACAAUUUUUUUAUGGAAAUUGAUUAGGUUUUAUAAAAUUCUAAAUAUUGACUGGUUAAAAUUUUGAAUACUUUUUUACAGCCCAACACAAUUAAAUAGCAAUUGAGAUCUCACCUACAUCUUAACACCUAACUUAACUUAGGCCUGUAAGAAUUAAAGCUAACAUGAAUGAAUAUCUGGAAGAGAAGUAAUAUGACACAUGAAAAUUGUAUGUUGAUUUUCUUAUGAUGGUUUUGUCAAUACUUUAAAAAUAUUUAACAAUUUAUUCUUAUGAAAUCUAAUACAACUAGGUUUGGCUGUAGUUAGUUUUGUUAAAAGGUAUUAAGAACAUUCCAUUCUGUAUAUAUUAAACGUUUUUCUAAUGUAAUUGCAUUCAGUGAUUAUCAAUAUUUAAACAUAUAUACUAGUGUUUUGUAAUCAGUGAUUUUCAUUUUCUGGUAUCAGUUUGUUCCCAUUUAGAUUGCAAUCUUUCCAAAUGUGAAAACAAGGUGUCUGCAUAAUCUUUGAGGCCAUUUUUAAAAUCACUUAAAUUUAUUUAUUUGUUUCUAUUUAAUAAUUUGAUUGCCGGGGAACAAAAGAUUAUUUGUGUUGUUUGUCUUUACUAUUGGUGUCUUGUAUCUCUUUUGUGAUGGUAAAGUCACAAAAUGUAGGAAACAUCACUGUGUUUGGUCCAGUGUUCCUAUAUGCAAGUCUAUUGUAUUUUCUAUAUUAUUUUACAAUUGUAAAAAAAAUUAAUAAAAUUGUUGCACUGUUGAUGUUUUCAAAUUAACAUUUUUAUUUAUUUAUGCUUACAUAUCUGUUGUGUUUUAGUUAGUUCAUAAAUAUAGAUUCUUAAAUUAAAUUGUUUCUUUCCGCACUUAUAAACUAUGAUCAUCUGUAAGCCUAUUUUUACUUUUUUUUUAACUUUAAUGUUCUACUUGGAUAUGUCACAGAAAUCAUUACAUUUCUUUUUUUUGAAACCAC